GGUUGUCAGGGGAUUCCCUGAAAGCUUGAGAAAACAAAACGUGAUGUGACCUGUGUAAAGUGUCUGAGUGCUGGAUGAUCCCGUUACAAGUAUAAAGUGCUGUUUUAGGUUCAGUGGAAGUACCAAGGGCUAUCUGAAGUGUGUAGAGCAUGCAAACAGCUUCAGUUGCAGGGGGUGCUGGCCGCCCCUUAGUCCCUCUUGACCAGCAGCCCACUGUGAAAUCAGUGCAUGUUUUCAGGAAUGGGGACCCCUUCUAUCGUGGACGCCGCAUGUUAAUCCACGAAAAGCGAGUGGGUACUUUUGACGUGUUCUUAAAGGAUGUCACAGGUGGGGUGCAAGCACCGUUUGGUGCAGUCAGGAAUAUUUACACCCCACAAAAUGGACACAGGAUUAACUCACUGGACGAUUUGCAACCUGGAGAGUGCUACGUAGCUGGAGGAAGGGAGACCUUCAAGAAGCUGGAUUAUUUGCAUAUUGGGGAGAUAAAGAGGAAAACGGUGGACCCGCUUAGUCAGGUAAAACCUGUAUCCCAUAGCAGAAUCAACGUUUCUGCAAGAUUUAGAAAAAAUGUUCAGGAGCCAUGUACUGUGUUUUUAGUUGCUAAUGGAGAAACACUGAAUCCAUUUGUACGUCUGCUGAUACCAAGAAAAACUCUGGAACAGUGGGAACAUGUACUAGCGUUGGUUACUGAAAAAGUGAAACUCCGAAACGGAGCUGUGCAUAGGCUUUAUACUUUAGAAGGGACACCUGUACAGAAUGGGUCAGAACUGGAAAAUGGACAAUUUUAUGUAGCAGUUGGCAGAGAGAAGUUCAAAAAGCUCCCGUACAGUGAUUUGAUCUUUUCAAAGGCAUCAUUGAGACGUGCACACGGAUCCAAAGCUUCUUCGUUGCCACCCAAUAAUGGAUUCGGGAAGUCAAAAGAGAAUCGGCAGAUUAAAUCAACAGGAGGUUCCAGUGAUACUGUAGAUAACAUGAUAUCUCCACAGCCACCAAAGCCUAAAGGAAGAAAACAUACAGAACCCCAAAUACUGAACAAUGCCAGAGUGAAGCAAAACAAUGAACACACAAAUUCUCAUAUUAUCUUCCCUGUGAAUGAUGAUGGCAUUUUCAAAGCUGGUAAAGACAGAUCAGAAAUGUGGGGGGCAUCAGAAGUUCAGGAAGACGAAAACACUAAAGUGGAAGUUCCAGUUGAUCAGAGAGUGGCAGAAACUGUGGAAGAGGAAGAAAAACCAAGUGAAGACAAUGAAGGCAGUGAAAUUGGUGACCAUUGUGAUGAAGAUGCAGAAGUUGAAGAAGAAAACAAUGAUAAUGAUGAUGAUGAGGGUGAACAAAACCAUACCAUAGAGAAUGAGGUCCAUGGAGAAGAAACAGAUGAAGUUGAAGAUCAUAGCAUGGUAAGUAAUGAAGUAACAACGAAUCAUGGGAAUAUGAGCAAGGAGUCAGAAGAUGAGGUUAAUGUUGGAGAUACUGAAACUCAGGAAGGAGAUCCACAACAUUCACAGUCUCUAGAAGAUGAAGAAGUUGAUGCAGUGGGGCACAUUAAUGGUGAACUUGAAGAAAGGGAAGAAGGUUCUGAUGCACAUGAUAAAAAGGCAGGCUGAAAAUCCACUUCCAAGACCAACAUCAUCAAGACUCUUGGAAAAAAUAUCUACUCCAACUGAAAAUGAUCAAUGUGAAGUUGCAGAGCCUUAGGCGUUUGAGGGAGAAGAGGUCUUUUGAACACUACUACCUAAGUACUUGAAUCCUUAUUGGAGUCUCAUUAUUAUAUUAGGCUAAUAUAUGUGUAUAUGUUAAAAUAAAGAGCUAAAACCUAUUAAUGCUGAAAAAAACACAGACAAGUCUGCAGCUGUUACAGUAAUUUAUGCUGUUAUAAAAAUGUUUUUCACACAUAUAUAUAGAUAUAUGUAGCUGUAUAGAAAAAAGAAGAACACUGUUUUUACAAAACUGAUUAUUUUUAUCUGUUCCUAUUAAAAUGCAAUAGGGACACAUUUGGGAAAUAUUUAUUUAGUGCUUUUAUAUGGUCAGAUAUAUUUUAAUAGUCAGUAAAAUAUAUUUAGCUAAGCCAUAUUACAAAUCCUAUUAACAUUGGAACUCUGCACUGCUCCCCUUCAUCAGUUUGUUGUUGCUUUUUAUGUUUUUGUUGUAUUUUUUAAAUGUAUAUUUGAUGGACUAUAUAAUCUUGAUUCUUGUAUUACUUUAAAUAUUAAUUUAAUUAUAAACUGUUCUGUUAAUAGACACAAAAACAAAAACUGACAUAAAUUAAAGAAAUCUCAUUUGUAAUUUAAAACUUAAUAUUAUUGUGUUGUAUUGGAUGUUACAGAAAUCUUUGUCAAAUGUAACAUAAUAAUGCAGUCCAUACAGAUACAGACUCUACUACAAGUACUAGAAAUCUAUGUCAAAUGAUAGCUGUCAUAGAAUUCUGGGCUUUGAUGUAGCACCAAAUUAUCGUAAUAUAGGUUUGCUUUGGAAAAAUAGGGGCAAAUUUACUAAAGGGUGAAUUUUUGCCUGCAAAGGCUUUGCCACACUUUGCGCCACUUCGCCAGGCGCAAUUUCGCUAUCACUGCGCUAAUUCACUAAAAUGCGAAGUUGCAUCUCAGAAGCCGAAUGCUGGCAAAGUUUAAUUCAACAGUGCAAGCAUUUCAUAGUGAACUAUCACUAACAUUCGUUUCUGUCUAGCAAAACUUCGUUAGUACACUUGCAAUGAGGUCAAUUUGAAUAGGGCGUGUACAUAUAGAUCAUAUACAUGUCUU